AUGAUGCCCGAGUCCAGCAGCAUCCCAGCUCAUCGCUCAGCUCAAGCAGCCUCCUCGUCUGUGUCGGAGGCCGGUGAAAGCGCGCAGAGACUCGAGGGCAUUGAAGCCUGGCUUGCGGAACAAUCGAGGCAAACAUACGCAAACAACACGACAACCGCCCACGCGUGGGACCCGUAUCCAGAGGAUUUUGAUGCUGAACGUCAGUAUUGGCCCUCGUCUACACACAACUCUACUGGAUUAGACUCGACCGAGCCUCUUGUCUCUCGAUUCUCCGAUUUUGCUGCCGAUCGGGAUGCUGCUACUGCUACGGCCCUUGCGCGCCAUCAAGGUCAAUACGUCAACCCGUUUCGGGAAGAAAGACACGCAAUCCGCUCGGUUCCUCUGGCACAUCCGAAUGCUGGUUCUUCAUCGCGUCGAGUGGACAUCCUUGCGCGCAAUACACUACGCGAGAUGAUCGUAUCUGCUGUUCUUCUCGAUUCACUCUCUCCUCCAGAACGUGUCGCUCUUCUGGAUGCAUACAGAGCAGAAGCCGAAUCAUCCAAGCUCGGCAUACCGUUCCGCGAAAUUCUGAGCGAGCCUAUGGAACCUCUUGGUAUAACACCGCUUAUGUACGAGAUUAUGGGUUGCACACCUGAAUGGGAGAUCAUCGACGCGGGUAUACCAGACUUCGGCCUCGAAAUGGUGACAUACUUAAUUACGCAAUGGUCCGACAAUUUUACAAAGUAUGGGAGGAUGGGUGUAUUGGAGAACGUUAUUCGUGCGGCGUGUUUGAGAAGGCUGGACGAUGAUUACGAAGGGAAUAAGCUGUUUCAUUACCUUCGUGCACGGACAUUCGAAGUCCAGCUUGACGAAGGGGAGAAUUGUCAGUUCUUUGACUACGACGUCUCGAUAGCACCGAGCUGUGGUGCUAAUAUUCGUAAUGCGAGCACGAAUCCGUCAGACCUGGACUUUACGGCUUUGAUUAGUGUACCGCAAUUUGCGACUCGGCUUGCUCUUGCCCAAUCGCAGAUUUCUGCGGCGUUCAACGAGGCGGCUCAUUCUACUGGUAGGAAAGCACCAGCAACCGUUGCCCCUACCUUUGUACCAGUUGAGUUCAUGGCGGCAAAACGCGCCUGGUGUCUAAAGCUUGAUAGUAACUCGUUGCGGCUCGAGCUCCUUGACGGACCAGGUGGUUCGACGACAUGCAUUGUGGGUGAAGACUCAUCGCUUAUGACGGACGCGCGCGUCAAGAUCAUAUCGCCCGAGUGCGAACAACAACUCCCGGCCUCUGGUCAACUUCCAAUGGACCUGCGUAUCGGCUCGCCCGUCGAACUUCUGCUCCCACGCAGGUUGCUCUCCCCAGCUGCGGCGCCAGAGACCGGAGCAAGCGAAACAACGCUCUCCCCUUGCUUCUGUGCAGCUCCUGGUGAGUUGAACGGAAUACGCGGUCUCGACGAUACUCGCCUAUUACACGACGGUAGAGGUGCACUAUUACUCGAGUUAACAGUUCACUUUGUACAUACACCUCCUCCGGGGUUCGCGUUCGUCGACACUCGUGACACAGAUAUGUCUCAAAACGUAGAUGCCACGCCCGUUGCUGGUCCAUCUGGAAUCGCAGACGCACACAUGCGUGAAUUUGAAGACGAAGAUGACUUAUAUAUCACCUCGGAAAUCGAAGAGAAGAUGGGUGAUCUCAGUGUCAACCCGAAACACGAGGAAUCAGAGUGGGAGGAACUAAGCCAGGCCGAUGAGACAGAAGCGAUGCAUGGCGGUUGGGUGAAAGCUAGCUGGAGUGGCAAGGAUGAAGAACUUUGAGCUGUGAAUAUCAUGCAAACCUGUCUUCGCUAUCAUGAUUCCUUUGCGUUACAAAUGUUUUCGAAUUGUUGUUUUGUACAUUGUUGUCACACUUUUGAUAUUGGCCAUGUUAGUAGCAAUAGCAGGUCUCUGUAGAAUGUAAUGC